GUUCCCCAGAAAAAAGCUGGUUACGCCUCAGGCCGGGCCCCAGGGCAGCGAUGGCGGCGCCACAUGCGGGCGGCCUGGCCGGCGGCCCCGCCCCGCCGGGGGAGGGGAGGAGCGAGGCGGGCGGGCCGGGGGCCCCUCGGAGCGCCCCUCGCGUCGCCCCCUCCCCGGGCUCGAGUUACCCCGGCGGCGGCGGCCGGGGCGCGGGGCGGCGGCGAGCGGGCCCGGCGGGCAGCGCGGAGGGCGGGGCCGCCCCGCUCCUUUGUGUGACUCACCCCGCCCGGGCCGCCGCGUCCUCCAUUUUGUGGCGCUGGCGGCGGGCAGGCAAGGCGAGCGGCCAUCUUUUCACUCGUGCCCCGGCCCCCUCCCCCCGACGGCAUCCGCCGACGGUCCCCGCACGGCCCCGCGUCGCUGCCUCUGGGGCACAAGGGGAGGCUGCCGGGCGCCUUCUGCCCCACGCCAGCCCGGACCGUUCGCUCCCCCGACCUCAGCCCGCACAACGGGGAUGUGCACAUGAGGACAAAAGUUGACUCGUCUUAGAAAAGUUCGGCACAAAAAUACAAAUCGAGGCGGACGCACCUCCAGCAAAAAUGCGUCUGAAGUGCAGAUGUAUCAGUCCCAGAAGCAUUCAGGGCACAGGGUCUCUGGAAGAAACCCUGACUGCGAGAAGUGCCUCAACACUGUAUUUUCACAUGGGAAAAGCUACAGCUCUGGCAAAUUAUUUUUAGAAUCGUGGCAAUGAGGAGCCACAAAACAGCUCACAACAUCAGAGAUAAAGGCCCUUGUGAUUCCAGUGGAUUUUCUCUGGUUUAGUCAUUUAUAACUGAUGUACCAUUAAAUAUUCAACAUCUCCUAUACCCAUUCAAGAGAAAUUAAUCUGAGAAGCUGAACUAUCUCUGUUAAUUUUUAAAUUAUCUGCAAAGCUAUGUAGUACAUGUUCUUAUUCAGCUACAUUAUAUGCCUGUCAGAAAUAGUUACUUAUCUAUAGGCAACUAUAAUCCAUUCAUUUCUUGGUAUGCUCUUCAGGUUGCAGUUGUAAAGCAUGGAAACAGCCUCUUGUUCAAAAACAAACAAAAAAGAACAACAUCAGCAAACUAAUAAUAAAAAACCUACCUCGUGCAUCUACAAAUGUACCCUUCUAUUUGACUUCAAGUUUCUCUAGCUGAGAUAAACCCAGCAUUAAAUUCAUUAGAGAGCAGUAAACUUAGUAUUUCAUGCUUUGAUAUGGAAGUGUUUCUAUGAGAUAUGGUAUUUUUCCCACAUGAAAGAUUAAAAAUAUGCAUUUUUUUAAAAAAAUCAAAAUGUUAGAGAAGAUGCUGAGUUUAGAAUACACCUUUGAAAAAAUGACCUGUUUCAGAAUAAAAAACUCAAAAAGGUUCAGGUAUUAAACCCUUUUUUUCAAGAAAGGAAAAAACAAAUCAAAUUCUCUCUCACCCCUUCCUAUGUUUUUCAGCAGAGAUUAGUGGUGGGGAUGGGGGGAAGGUAGAGAUGGUUCAGCUUUUCUCAAAACUAACCUUCAGGGGUAGUUACUAGUGAAGACACUGCAGAUGAAGACAGUAAUAAAAGGGCAGGGAAAGGAAGGUGGUCUGCUUUCUGGAAAUGGAGAUGCAUUAUUGUGAAGUGGCUUGAGUUGAAGACCAAAGUGUAAUAUUUGGCAAGAAAGCUAGGAAGCACUUCUUUAUGUCUUCUAUAAAGCAAAGGCUGUAAACAGAGUUAAAAAGCUUGAUUCUUCAAGAUGGUUUGAAGUUACCUUCUAAAAUGUGUAUUUCAGUAAGGGCAUGUUUUUAAUGGACUGAUCUGUCAAAGAAUCCAUUUUCAUAAAAAGGUAGUUUUAACACUUCCCAAAUGUAGUCAAUUAUUUGUGCCUGAACAGGAAGAGGAGGAAGGAAAUUCUAAUUUUUUAAAGAUACUUUUCUUAUAAGACUAUUUCAUAAAUAAAGACUCUUAGAACUAGGUAUUUCUUAAGGAAGUAAUUUUUGUGGUAUCUACAUAGCUGAAAGCUAUGAAAACUGAAUUUGUGGUACAAUUUUUUCAACACGGUCCUAGUUUAAGUCUACAGCAGUUGUUUUCCCCUCCACUUCUUCAAAUGUGUUUUCAAAAUAAUUUUAUUAUUUCCUCUUUAGUUUGACCAAUACAUGUUUUUAUUCUCUCAGCAAUUAGUGUAUCUUUUCUUGCCCACUCUAUUAAAACAUUCCUAUUAUCAAUCUCACAAAUAUUUAUACAGCUGGGAGCUUCUGAUAUAUGAGUAGCCUCAGAUAAUACAGUGGAAAUGCAUUCUGAAGAAUCCUCUCAGCUAACACAAACAGGCCUACACUGGACUAAAUCCUGUGUGAAAUGAGCCUGCAAAAAUUUUAGAUUUUAAUAAUUUGGUAAAACGAAUCACUUUAAUAUGUAAUGUCUAGGAAGGAACAGAGAAUUAAGAGAUGUCAAGAAGUCAAGGACAUUUAGACAUUGAAAUAAGGUUUAUUCAAUGCAGACUGACUUCAGAAAUAGGAGGACUCUGUGGGCCAAAAGUACUCAUUCUCCUUUGAUUACUAGUGAGCAUAUGCUAAACUGAAAUAUCCUAUGUCCACGUCUCCAGUGUAAGAACACAUAGAAUGCUCUGAAACAUUUGUAUUGUAGGAACCUAUACAGAAAACACCAUUUUAAAAGGGUUUUGAACCUCAGAUCAGAUGAUACUAAAAUAAAAGUAAUGCUGUCAGUAUCUAAGCCAAUUUUUUUACCUUUAAAAACUAUAUGUUAAUUGAAUUUUGAGUUCAUAGUAGCUACUGCAGCAUUACUUCCCUUUCAGCAUGUGGCUCCAGCACAUACAGAAUGGGCUAUAAGCUUAGAACACAGUCACAGCCAGUGAAAUCAUGCUAGGAGAUAAAAGAUGUGCUCACUGAGCACCUCUAAACAAUUUUAACUCUCUACCAUAUACACAUGGGUAUUUUUUUGGUCAGACUCCUGUGCAAAGAUGAAGGCAAGUAGUGCUUAUACAACCAUUUUAACUGCAAAGACCAAGGUCAUUCAGGAGUGUGAGCAAACAGACUUUAUAAGCACAAGACUCGAAACACAGAUCUGAUAAACAGAGUAUAUCAAGCUCACUGUAUAUGAAAGAGGCACUAAGAUUUCCUGAGGCCACUUCCAGAAAUUGGAAAAGCAGUCCAAAGUGUGGCAGGUAAGGACACACCAAAGUUACCAGUAGUAACUGGUGAUCAGCAAAACUGCAUUCUGGUAUGCAGCACUAUUCUGUUACACAAUUAGCCUCAUACUUACUGUGAAAGGCUUUCUAAUCCCUAUAUUACAAUUAUCAGGGUAUGUACAUUCGUGCAAAGUUCAACUAGUAUGAGCAUUCAGCCUUGCUUCCAUCUAUAAGUUAUCUUUAAUGCAUUGGUUCUUAAUAGCAAUAAAAAGCAUCUACAUCUGAUGCAAACCCCUUUUUCAUACAUGAUCUUAAUACUUACUACCAGUUUUUACAGUCAUCUCUUUUUGAAAUGAAAGAACAAUAGAAUAAUGGUGUUAUUCAUAUAUGAAUAGACAGAAAACCUGCCUAAAAAAAGAUUUAACUGAACAGGGUGAACUAAUCUAAACUAAUUGAAAAAUGACUACUUUUGAAAGUUACUUAGCUCUGUACAAGUAGCUGGCAUUUUCAUGUUUAAAAAAUUGCUUGGUAAAAGAAAGAGACAACAGUAAACACACUUAGGGUUACUGUCAUAGUAGACAGUACAAAUUAAACUCCUCCGUCCUUGGAAGUUUAAGACUUGGACUAAAUAAAGUCUCCUUGUCUGAUCUCAUAGCUGACCUUGCUUAUAGAUUCACAAAAGAAGGUCUUACAGUAGGAGGUAUAAGACAGUGGACUUCAAAACUGUUGAGAGUAUCAUUGGGAUGAACAAGCACUUACAAUUUCAGAGUCUUCUGAAUAGCUUAAUGAAAGCCUCUUUAAAAGUCAUUGUUGCCCCUGAAAGAAGUAUCUUCAGGGAAGUACUGCUGUUGUGGUUACAGCAUUUGUAAUAGGUGAUGCACUAAUGGCUUAGAGGAUAGCCUGCUUUAAAAAAAAAUCCUUUGGACACCCUUUUCAAACCACAUUUAUCCACAGCACAAGAAAACUCACUUAUAUUCAAGGUUUAGUACCGGCUGAACUGUGAUACUGAAGGUUUAGGAUCAGACAGAGUGGUCAGAUCAUACUGGGUUGUGACCAGAACUAGCAGUUGUAUUUAAACCCUGUGUUCUGUUCUGUGGAGGUCUGCAUUUGGGAGCUAGAAAAUGAAAGUACUUGAUUUAGAGCAGAAGUGUCCUAAGGAGGAAAAAAACAACCUCAUAGGUGGCUGCUUUGGUAAGACUGUUCUGGAACUAAACAGCAAAUGGGCAGAUACAUGCAGACAGCAGCUUAAACAAAAAGUGACCCCUCAAAAGUGAGCUGUAAUUGGACAAUUAAACCCUAAUAUGCAGAUGGACCAAAACUUAUAAAAGUGUGAGACCUUGUGACUGGCUGUCCAUUUUGUGACCAUUUUGGGUCCACCUUGGGUGUAGCCCUGCCCAGGCUCUUGUGCUGCCCAAGAUGUAUCCUUAAAGGCCUUUUAAUAAACAUCUACUUUAUUCUCUUAGCUCUGUCCAGUCUCUGUUCCAGGUCAGCCAUCCCAAGGCAUCAGCUUAGGGGAAGUUUAGGUUGGAUAUUGGGACAGAAUUCCUGACUGUGAGGGUGGGGAGGCCCUGGAAUAGAAUUCCCAGAGAAGCUUGGAAGUGUCCAAAGCCAGGUUGGAUAGGGCUUGGAGCACCCUGUGAUAGUAGAAGGUGUCCCUGCCCAUAGCAGGGGGUGGGAUUAGAUGAGCUUUAAGGUCCCUUCCCACCCAAAUCAUUCUGGGAUUCAAACUGACUCCUCAUUUUAGUUCAGAAAAACCUCUGAUGAGCCAAACUGUCAUUUAUUUGUCACCCUCCCAAGAAAAGGCCUCGCCAGGGUUGUUGCUCAUCAAUACAUACAUUAAUUCCCACCAAUCCCACAAAAAAGAAUGGAUCUUUGGAAAAUUAUUAAAUAAAACCAGCUUCAGCCUGUUCCUCUCCUUCUUUUUCCAUUCCCAUAUUCACUUCACUUGCAGACAUCUGACAGAAUUUCAUAUACAUCAUUAAUGAUAGGCUAAUUUACACCAGCUGAUAACCUGGCUCCAGGCAAAAAGCAGAAUUACUAGACACUAAUGCAGAACAAAGGUGAAGGGCUGGCGAAGUAACCACCAUUAUGGAGGAACAUCAUCAUGUGUUAAAGUGUUCUGUGGUUUUGCAUUAGUAUUUUCCAACAGCAAACAGGCAAAUUUUUACCAUAUCUCACCACUUUUUGGACACCCUAAACAAAUUGUAAGCCCUUCUAGGAUGGUAGCCCUUCUCUUCAGUUCAAAGAAUGCCCUAAAUGGGAGCAUUUUACAUAUAUAUAUGAACAGUGCAUUCUGCAUGAAGAAAAUGUCACUUACUGAACCAAAAUCCACUGGGUGACGAUGGUGUGACUUUUGUUCUGAAUCUAUUGUGAACUUCCAAAAUUCCAUUUUAAAGCUAUGGUCUCUUCUGCUAAAAAUCAUUUUGCCAAAAGCAGCAUAUUCAUCCUCUUGUGCUGGUGAGCCUGUGACAAAACCUCUAAGUGGGACCUCAAAUCCUCACCCAUGCAUCUUAGAAUUCUUCUCUGAGCCCUCACAGCAACUGAGCUAUGCUUGAAUAACUUUGCUUAGUGUACACUCAUCAGAUUAAUUCUGCAGCCCCUCUCGCUAUAGUAUAGUCUCUGCAAAUCCUGUUUGGAGCUAGAUUGUGCACUUUACAAAAACAAGCCCUGUGAAUUCCCAUUAUCAUCUUGCAGAUCCUGUGCAUUCUCCCCUUUCUGCCUCUCCUACUGACCCAAGUAGAGGUAAGUUGUCAAGGAAGGAAACAUUCUAUUUGUUCAUAUAACCCCCUCUAGAAAGGGUUUAUAAGAAUAAAAAAAUCCUGAGGUGCAGCUUAGAGCUGCAAGGGAGAGAAACUUAAUAAAAGUGACUUUGGUGCAGACCACAAAAGUAUGCAUUAGAUUGGAGCCAGUGGAUGGGUAGGUCGAAGGAGGAAGAAGGCUGUACCUGAGACCUGGGCUAGUCAGGAUGGCACAGAUAUAUCUGUGUUCAGAUACAUCUGUGUUCAACAGUGAGCAGAGCUGGAUAUAUCCAGCUGUUCACUGUUCACUCUCCCAUCUUCACACUGCUCUGGUUUUGACUCUUGGCAUCACUCCAGUCAUAGGCUCACCUUCCACUGCAAUCACAUGUGCAUCAUUCUUAUUCCAUGGUAACCACAGUAACCAGACAUGGUGCAAGUCAAGUCACUUAGAAGUCUUGCUCAGAUUUAGUGACUAUAGCAUAUGCCUGACAUUUAUUCAGUGAAUUUAGAUUUGAGACUAUUAAACUUUGGAAAGGUUUCAGAGAAGAACUAUGGGACUAAAUCUAGAUCUGGAAAUGUACUUACACUUGACCUGCUCAAUCUAUACUGAGUUUACUGAAAGACAGUUUGGCUUAGUUUCCAGGAUUCUGAAAGACAGAAGAUUCUGUAAAGGAAGAAUCACAAGUCUGUGCACAGACACAAGAAGGUUCAAGGCUGUUGGUACUUAAAUUAAGAUAGAAAUAGAAACCACUUAUUUGUAAUUGUCAGUGAGCAGUGGUACCAGCUUGGUUAAAGCAGGAAGCCAGCAUAUGAAGAAAUGUUCAAUAUUUAAUUACGGUAGUUAAAAAACCCCAAACACGAUAUAGGAUCAAGAACUUGAUUUGGUGGGAGGGAGAGGGAACAGGAGGGGCCAUUUACUUAAAAUGAUAUCUAUAUUUUUAGUUAGCCUUCUCUUAAUACACUCUCUCGGAAGUACUUGGCCAGCUAUCUCAGAACCACUGAUUAUUGUGGAAAUCUAUGGAAAUCGAAGGUUCCAGAACACUAAAUAAAUAGGAAAAAACAUCAGGAAAGUAAUAAAUAAAGAAGAAAAAAAGAGAAAAACCACACACAUGAGUUGGGCAGUUAUGGAACAGCUGGACUAAUUACAGUUCCUGAAAAAAUAUAUUGGAACAAAUGAACUAUUUUUGGAAGAUACUAGGUUGAUAAGUAACAACCCCAGACUUGUUCGGAGCUGAUUGCAUCAAACCCAUCUUGUUUACUGUGACAGGUUUAACAGCCUCAUGGAUGGGAAAAUAUGGGUAUCAUUUAACUUGAGGGAAGAUUUGAUGCUUUUUAUGGGCAACUUGAAUAAGUCAGCUCAGCAAACUUUGGACAAUCUAAUACACAGGAGACCAGCUGAAGAUGACACGCUCGAAGUGAUUGCUAUUAUGACUAUGAAACUGACUGGUAUCAAAAAGCUUUCUGUGGGCACAGACAUUAAUCCACCGUACAAAUAUACAGUUAUAAGUACAUAAAAGUAUAAUUUUAAAUUGCACGCUUGGGGGGA